AUGCCUCGUCAAUUCUUCGUCGGCGGCAAUUUCAAAAUGAAUGGCUCUGUUGAGUCCAUCAAGAAGAUCAUUGGGCAUCUCAAUGAUGCUAAGUUGGACCCAAAGACCGAGGUCGUCAUUGCACCCCCAGCUCUCUACCUCCUCCUUGCCCGUGAGCAUCUCAGACCAGGCAUCGAGGUUGCAGCCCAAAACGUCUUCGACAAGCCCAACGGAGCUUUCACCGGCGAGAUCUCCGUCGACCAACUCAAAGACAGCAAUGUCACCUGGACCCUCCUCGGUCACUCUGAGCGCCGUGUAAUUCUGCAAGAAGACGAUGCGUUUGUUGCCUCAAAGGUCAAGGCCGCCCUUGAUGGAGGUCUGAGCGUUAUCCUCUGCUGCGGUGAAUCUCUGGAGCAGAGAGAGAACAACAAGACUAUCGAGGUCGUCACUUCUCAAUUGAAGGCUGUCAAGGACAAGGUCUCGGACUGGUCUAAGAUCGUCAUUGCGUACGAACCAAUUUGGGCUAUUGGUACUGGGAAGGUUGCUACCACCGAGCAAGCCCAGGAAGUCCACGCCGCUAUUAGAGCUUGGUUGAAGAAUGAAGUCAGCGAGAAGGCAGCCGAGGAGACCCGAAUCAUCUACGGUGGCAGUGUUAGCGAGAAGAACUGCAAGGACUUGAGCAAGCAGCCAGAUAUUGAUGGCUUCUUGGUGGGUGGUGCUUCAUUGAAGCCCGCUUUCGUCGAUAUUAUCAACAGCCACCUGUGA